ACCAAAUAAUAAUAAAAAAAAAUAGAAAGGAUUCCCAGAUAAUUUGAGAUGUUUCUCCAACAUCUAUAGACAAAAAUGGCAUCAUCAUCACGAUUGGCAGCAACAGCGGCGGAGAGGGUGGCGACCGCCGCGAGACGGCAAGCUCUCACCCUAACAGAAGCGGCGGCUGACAGGAUUCGCCACCUCCUACACCACCGCCAACGCUCUUAUCUUAAACUCGGCGUCAAAGCUCGCGGUUGUAACGGUCUUUCCUAUACCCUUAAUUAUGCAGAUGAAAAAGGGAAAUUUGAUGAGUUGAUUGAGGACAAGGGUGUGAAGAUACUGAUAGACCCAAAAGCUCUUAUGCACGUUAUUGGUACCAAGAUGGACUUUGUUGAUGAUAAGCUCAGAUCUGAAUUUAUAUUUAUUAAUCCAAACUCUAAAGGACAGUGUGGCUGUGGGGAGUCGUUUAUGACAACAAGUAGCACGGAAACUACAAAGGCUGGUGGCGGCUCUUAACCUACUUGCAACACGCUUAGGUUAUGACUGAACUAAACUAAGCGCAUCAUAAUCGUUGUAUAAUUUGUGUCACAAGCUGUUGAGUCACCUAUGUAGCGUAAUCAUAUAGUAAUAAUACUCACUUUCAUAUAAGAGAGGUUAUAAGGUUAUUGUUUGAUUGUAGCUGAGAGCAUUAGAAAUGUUAUGGGUAAAACGUUGUUCAGACUUCGGAACAUGGGGUGUUUGCCGAUUGGUAGAUCCAGCUCGACACGACCCUCAAAAUCAUGGUGAACAUAUGAACCCAACCGCUACACGGGUUUUCACGGGUUGAUGAAGAUGGGGAUUUUGUA